AGUUCUGAAUGUUGCUGGACCAUUAUAGUUGUGCGAUUUGCUGCUGUCUUCCUUGGCCACUUCCGGCUAUUGCAGCUUCGCCAUGGGAUCUAGCCGCCCCGGCGUGCGACGCCCCAUUCACGCAGGUUCCUGGUAUGAGGAUGAUCCUGACAUUCUCAGGGCGGAGCUGCGCCAAAUGCUAGGGGCAGAAUUUGCAGAGGGGGCCACUCCAGAUCCAGGGCUCAAGGCGGUGAUCUCACCACACGCAGGCCUGCGUUACUCUGGAUCUGUGGCCGCGUGUGUUUUUGCGCGCCUCGACGUUUCCAAGCUUUCGCGGGUGGUGCUGCUCGGGCCCUCCCAUCAUGCGCGGCUGGAGGGGUGUGCCAUACCAGGGCCAGAGGUCGCAGCCUACAGGACGCCUUUGGGGGAUCUCCCCUUAGACCAAGAAACUUUAGCUGCGCUCCGAGAGAGCAAGGAGUUCAGCCAUUUGCCCAUGCACGUGGACGAGGCAGAGCAUUCUGUUGAGAUGCAGCUCCCAUUUCUGGCGGAGCUGCUUUUGCAUGGCCCAAAGCGGCCUUCUGUUGGCUUGGUGCCGAUGCUCGUGGGUCAGGUGAACGCCCAAAGCGAGGCGCGGUACGGCAAGCUGCUUGCUCCCCUUCUGCAGCAGGAGGGCACGCUUUUUGUGAUUUCUUCAGACUUUUGCCACUGGGGUGCGCAGUUUGGCUACACCCGUGUAGGUUCAACGAGCUUAGCGCGGACCUACCGGGAAGGUCCGCACCCAGACAACGCACGCAUCGAGGGCUUGGAUCGCGAGGGCAUGGCUCUCAUCGAGCAGCAAGACGCGGAGGGCUUCAGAAAGUACCUGCAAAGAGAAGGUAACACCAUUUGCGGCCGACACCCCAUUCUGGUGCUGCUGGAGGCGCUCUCCACCUGCCAAUCCUCGCCUGUGGCAGUGGACUUCGUGAAGUAUGCGCAGUCCAGUGCCCUGCCGGGCAUGCCGCCACCACGAACGGCCAGCGUGUCUUAUGCAUGCGCCAGACUCCCAGCUGCAAAGAUCUUUCACUCUGCACGUGUGUUUGCCCAGGCCCUGUGCCGGUAGCUGACCAGCUCUGGCUUUUUAAUAGGAUCAGCUCGACAUUUGAAUUUCAGCGGCGAGG